AUGUCUGCAACAGAACCAUUGGAUUUACAAUAUCGUAGUUUACAAACACAUAAAAUGGAACAAAUUAUUGGCCGAAUGAAUUCAAACAAAACUGGACUUAUUCAUGAAUUUCAAACAGAUCCAUUCUUGCAUUAUGCAUUUCAAGGUUGUGUAUUUGUCAAUUGGCUUCAAGAAAAUAUACCAACAGAUGAUGAACAAGAAGCAUUACAUAUGGCUGAAUUAUUUUUAUAUUAUGGAUACAUAUUUCGUAUAACUGAUUCAUCACAAUCCUAUUUUAAGCUGAAUAAAACUUAUUGGUAUCGAUUUCAGGCUCCAUUUUAUUGGUUAUCUAAAAUAUCUAAAGUUGAUGAUAUAGAUUAUGCAAUUUAUUUAAUGAAACGAAAUUUAAAAAAAGGCGGUUUUCAAACUACUGAUCGUGAAGAAGCCAUUUUUAAUCAAUUGUCAAAAUCAUUAAGUGAUAAAUGGAAAAUAAUUGAAUUUCAAGCAGCUGAACAAUUACGUAUCGAGCGUAGACAUGAUGAAGUUGAUAAAAAUAUAUUAAGAUUACAGGAAGAAGCUUUCUGGAAAAUAUAUCGUCCAUUAGGAAAAGCAAAGAAUCGAUUAACAGAUGCAUUACCAAGAAAUUUCACACUGAAACAAAUUCAAGUACGUCAAGAACAAAUGAGAAAUAAAAUGUUAGAACAAAAAAGGCUAUUAGAAGAACAAAAUAUUGAUCCAUUGACACAUCAAUUACAAACAGAUCCACAGUUAACUUCACAUCGUGCUGAUAAAAAAUCCAUAGAAUUAAUUAUACUUUAUGCUACAAAUCAUUUCAACUAUGAUAAUCUUUUAAAUGGUGAUACAAUGAAAAAUAAUUGGUUUGCAUCUGACAAAGAUACAAGUGUUUGGGAAGAUGAAAGUGUAAUCUGUUCAGAAACUGGCAUUACUGGACCUGCACCUUAUCCAACAUUAAAACAGGUACGUUUAUGGGGUACCAGUAUGAACAAUCUGAUUCGUGAUGAAAAUGGACAAAAAUGGUUGGAGCAUUUUAUGCAAAAAGAAUAUAGUUGUGAAAAUUUUCGAUUUUUACAAGAAGUUAUCAAGUAUAAAUAUGGACCAUUAUCAAUGAUUGAAAAAGAAUCCAAACGAAUCUACGCAGAAUUUUUAGCUAAAACUGGAGCUAGUGAAAUUAAUGUUGAUAAUUAUAUUAUGAAUGUAACAGAAGAAUUAUUAAAGAAUCCAAAUCCAUUUUGUUUUGAUUUGGCACAAGAACAUAUUUAUAAUUUAAUGAGAACUGAUUCGUAUGCACGUUUUUUACGAUCAUCUGAUUAUUUGAAUUUGGUAAAUAAUGCCACAAAAGCUGUAUCACCAUCGAAAUCACCAAAAAUAGAACAAUCAAAUAAACGAUCAUAA